AUGAACUCGUUGCUUAACAUGACCAGCCCGCUUUCAUCCCACCUAGGUGAUCCACAUCCAGAUAAAGUCGGUCGUAUGGGUUCUACGUCGUCUGGCUCAGCUAGACGCGGGCCCUGGAGUCCAGAGGAAGACCGUAAGUUGAUGGAGAUCAUCUCCCUCUACGGCCCAACAAAUUGGGUGCGUAUUCUGUCGCUGUUGGGUAGUCGGUCACCCAAACAAUGUCGAGAACGUUACCACCAGAACUUGAAGCCGCUGCUUAACCGUAACCCUAUCACGUUUGAGGAGGGGCUUUUGAUCGAGCAGUUGGUGGCAAAACACGGGAAGAAAUGGGCAGAAAUCGCCCGCCACUUAACGGGACGUUCUGAUAAUGCCAUCAAAAACUGGUGGAAUGGCGGAGCAAACAGAAGAAGACGUGCAUCUCAAGCUGCUCUGGCUCCUCUCCAUGAGAGUAACUCGCUGUUUCUGACUCAAGCACAGUCUGCUCGCUCCAGUUUCUCGGGCUCCUCAGGAGCUUCGGCCUCAUCGGCUUCAGCAACUGUUCUGGCCACCUACAAUGCUCCACUUGCUGGAUCGAUCCCUCCUCCAGUUUCGGCUCCAUUAUCUACUACAGUUUCGGCUACUGCUGCAGUUCCAGGCGCGCCAGCCUCUGGGGACCAAAGCACCGUAUCAGCCAACACCCAAAAGACUACGGUGUUGCCUCUGAAUCCAUUGCAGAAGUCCCCCGAGGGCUCCCGCCGUGGGUCUCAUGCCAACGGCUUCAUCAAGGUGCUGGCGUACCCUCGGGUGCCCCAUUUUCCACAGAUUCUGUUCAACACUUCGAUGUUUAACGACGAGGAAAAUGCUCCAGUACCCAUGGUCCACCCCCAUUUCGCUUCUAUACCUUCUCGACUGGCUUCAUUGGAUCACCCUUCCAUUCCAAACAUUCACACGUUGCGGAGAGGUGAAACCAGACGUCACAGUUCAUCUCUGGGUCCUGCUCUUCUGAUUCCGUCAAUGACUCCAGCCAACCCUUAUCUGGCAGGCCAGACUCAUGCGACAGGCCCACUUUCAUCAACACUGCCUGCUUUAUACAUGCACCUGAACACUUCGGCAUCGCUGAACUUCAACUCUGGCAACAGUUCGGAUCACUACGACCUGCCCUGUCUGUCUAGCCGCCACGGACUGGUAGGCUACUACGAUUUUAAUCAGCGGCUGUUUGCCGUUCCCGCUCUGGCAGCGCUGCUGCUGCAUAACCUGCGGAGGCCCUCUGUGGCUCCUGACUACUUCCCCAAAUCAUUGGCUGGCCAUACUCUGGGAGACUUCGGUCACAAGCGCAACCAAUCCGGCAACUUUUCCCCAUCAAUCACUCCAAUCAACCUGAACCGCCAACUGGUGAGCAGCUCCAGCUCCACCGGGUUAAAGCUGGGUGUUCCUCCAUUCAAGAAUUUGCUCAAGAGCAUCGGACAGGAUGAGGACUCGGCCGCUGCCAACAUGGACUCGGAAAACAGUGACCGCAUGAAGGUGUCGCAGUUGAUUGACUAA